UCGAUUCGUUUUGUUAGAACCGAAUGCAUAACCCUAAUCAUAAAAACAGUAGAAAAAGUGUCUCUAUCAAGGGCAUCACAUGUUAAACAAUCAAGACUCAAAACCCACCAAAACUAAUUAAUCCCAAAGAAAAUUAUACUUAACUCUCACUUGUGAUCAUGAAAUAUUAAUUAUAAUAUGAAAAUGACAUUUUUGGAAUUUAUAUAUAUGAAAACAUGACUUUGCAAUACACAUUCUCCUUCUCCUUCUUUUCUUGAAUUAUUCAACUUUUUUUAAACCCCUUUUCUUGUUCCUUGCUUUUUUUUAACACUUUUUAAAUUUUUUUAGAGUUUUAGUUAUGGGUGAUUCUGAUGAUGAAGAGUGUGAUUAUCUUUUUAAAGCAGUUUUAAUUGGAGAUUCAGCAGUUGGAAAAUCAAAUUUAUUAUCAAGAUUUUCUAAAGAUGAAUUUAGAUUAGAUUCAAAACCAACAAUUGGUGUUGAAUUUGCUUAUAGAAACAUUAAAGUUGCUGAUAAGCUCAUCAAGGCUCAAAUUUGGGACACUGCUGGCCAAGAAAGAUUUAGAGCUAUAACAAGCUCAUAUUACAGAGGAGCAUUAGGUGCUUUAUUAGUAUAUGACAUAACAAGAAGAGCAACAUUUGAGAAUGUGAAGAAAUGGCUGCAUGAGCUAAGAGAAUUUGGAAAUUCUGAUACAAUUGUUGUUCUUGUUGGAAAUAAAUGUGACUUGACAAAUUCUAGACAAGUUGGUGAAGAAGAAGGCAAAAAUCUUGCAGAAUUUGAAGGUUUAUGUUUCAUGGAAACUUCAGCAUUGGAGAAUUUAAAUGUUGAAGAAGCUUUUUUAGAAAUGAUCACUAAAAUUCAUCAAAUUACUACACAAAAGAGUUUAGAAGCUAAAGUGAGCAAUUCUAAUAAUACUUCUAAUACAACAAACUUGCUUGUUGGGAAAGAAGUAAUUAUUAUUGAUGAAGUGAGUGCUACUAAACAAUCAAGAUGUUGUUCAUAAUAACUCAAUUGUUGUUGAUCAUUUAAGGAAAUCUUUGUAAUAUUUUUAACAAUUAUGAGUAAUUUUUUUUCGUAUUUUAGAA